CUUCCGGGAGGAGCCGGCCGGGGCAGCGGCUCCGCUCUCUGGUGCGUUGGCUUCGGGGUGAAGCAAGCAUGAAGAUCACGCGGCAGAAACACGCCAAGAAGUAUCUUGGCUUCUUCCGCAACAAUUUCGGGGUCCGCGAGCCGUACCAGAUCCUCGUGGAUGGCACCUUCUGCCAGGCGGCGCUGCGCGGCCGCAUCCAGCUGCGAGAGCAGCUGCCCCGCUACCUCAUGGGCGACGCCCAGCUGUGCACCACCAGAUGUGUAUUAAAGGAGUUAGAAACAUUGGGGAAGGACUUAUAUGGAGCAAAACUGAUUGCACAGAAAUGCCAGGUUCGAAAUUGCGCCCAUUUCAAGACUGCAGUGAGUGGAUCAGAGUGUCUGCUGUCCAUGGUGGACGAGGGAAAUCCUCAUCAUUAUUUUGUGGCAACACAGGAUCAAAAUAUAUCUGUAAAAGUAAAGAAAAAGCCUGGGAUUCCUCUCAUGUUCAUUAUUCAGAACACUGUCAUCUUGGACAAACCUUCUCCCAAAACCAUUGCAUUUGUUAAAGCAGUAGAGUCAGGACAACUCGUGUCAGUGCACGAGAAAGAGAGUAUUAAGCAGCUCAAAGAGGAACAGGGCUUAGUGAAAAACCCUGAACAAAGAAGAAGGAAAAAGCGCAAGAAAGUGAGCGGCCCCAAUCCUCUCAGCUGUUUGAAGAAAAAGAAAAAAGCACAGGACACAAAAUCACCUGCUUCUGAAAAGAAAAGGAAACGGAAAAGAAUCCGGAAGAGAUCUGCCUCAAGAGCACUUUCUGAGAAGCAGAGUGCAGAGGGACAAUGAAUUCCUUUCAUGCAUAAAGACAUUCAAGAAGUGUGAAAUGUAAAUUUACUUUGAAAACUAAAUGCUUGUAUAAGAAAGCACUAAAUUUAUUUUUGUAAAUGAAUACUGACCAUCUACUUAGCCUAAGAUUCCUUAUAAAAUAACAAGCAUGUUUGGA